AUGCAUCAUGUCUUGGAACCGUUCCCCCUACGACCAACCUCUGCAUCUCAUGUCGGGGCUAGCGCAGCACUUGCAAUGAACACAGCCGCUGGAUUUUCAGAUCCCCUCGUCACCACCGAUACCCCGCUGCCAUUCCGCGAGCUAUGCGCGAGGAUACAUGACCGCAUAGCUGCCUUUCUGGACGCGAAGGAUGUCUCGGACCGCGUGAAGAGUGUGCAAGCGCAGACGAGGCUUUCUCUAGACAUCAUAGACAGGGCAUUGGCGCAAUAUAGUCUCCCAGAGCUCUCGUUAGCAUACAAUGGAGGCAAGGACUGCCUUGUUCUUUUGAUUCUGUAUCUCUGUGCACUGCACAAACGAGGCUUGACCAACACCUCGAAUCCAUCGUCCAACAUCGAGACCGCCGUACAGUGCGUUUAUAUCCAGGACGCACAUCCCUUCUCCGAAGUCGAGGAGUUCGUGACGCAAUGUAUCAAGACAUACUCGCUGGCGCUUCUGGAAUAUGCAAAACCUAUGAAAGCUGCCUUUGCCGAUUAUCUACGCGAUACCCCGUCGGUGAAAGCGAUCCUCGUAGGCACGCGAAGGACAGAUCCCCACGGCGAGUACUUGAAGCAUUUCGACCCAACAGAUUCAGGCUGGCCCAAGUUUGUGCGUGUGCAUCCGGUUAUAGACUGGCAUUAUGUCGAGAUUUGGACAUUCAUACGACACCUAAACAUACCGUACUGUACGCUUUACGAUCGCGGGUACACCUCUUUAGGUGGCACUACCGACACUCAGCCGAAUCCCGCCCUCGCGCGUCAACCAUCUUCCAGUCAAACAACACAACUAGGGGCAGUGAACGGGGCAGUGAACGGCACACCUAAGCCGAUAUUCCGGCCAGCUUACGAGCUAGAAGACGACUACGAAGAGCGACUGGGAAGAGAUAGAUAG